AUGUCCCGCUCCCACUCCCCAGAACUCCCCACGUCGCCCGCCGCAUCGCAGAACUCGCUAGAACGCGAGCUGAAUCUCUCCCGCUACACCUAUCGCCAACUGCACCUCCUCCGACAAGCCUCGCCGUCCUCGCAACUCCGAGUAAUCGCGCACAUCGACCUCGAUGCUUUCUACGCACAAUGUGAAAUGGUCCGGCUGGGAACGCCGCGCGAGACUCCGCUCGCCGUGCGACAAUGGGACUCGCUGAUUGCGAUCAAUUAUCCGGCGCGCGAGUCCGGAAUUACGCGGAUGAUAAGUGCGCGGGAGGCAAGGGCCAAGUGUCCGGAUAUCGUGCUGCAGCAUGUUGCGACCUUCCGUGAGGGCGAGGGCGGGAAAUGGGCAUAUAGAGAGGAUGCGUGGAGGAACAUGGGGACGGAUAAGGUCUGCCUCGACCCGUAUCGGGGCGAGUCGAGGAAGAUUCUGAAGGCCAUAAAGGGCGAGUUGGCAAGGUGGUAUACCGACUUGGUGCAGGAUUCGCGGGAAUUGGACAGUCAGGUCAAGAUCCAGGAGGCUUUUGUGGAGAAGGCGAGCGUUGAUGAAGUGUUUAUCGAUCUUUCACCUUUGGUCUUCGCGGUCUUGCUCCAGCGGUAUCCGGAGCUACGUGAGAAGCCUCAUGGUGAUGAUCGGACUACACCCCUGCCUUGCCCGCCUACGACUGCUUUAGAGUGGAAGACGGAGGAUUGCCUGAUUGACUUGGAUGAGAACGAAACCGAGGUUGAUAACCCGGACUGGGAUGAUAUUGCCAUGCUUAUUGGGUCUGAGAUUGUCAGAUCAGUCCGCACGGCUGUUUGGGAGGCUCUCAGCUACACCUGUUCGGCAGGAAUAGCCAAGAACAAGAUGAUGGCGAAACUUGGAAGUGCGAUGAACAAGCCCAACAAACAGACUAUUGUUCGGAACCGUGCUAUUCAAAACUUUCUCGGCGGUUUCAAGUUCACCAAGAUUCGAAUGCUCGGUGGUAAGUUGGGAGAUCAGAUCUCUGCCACGUUUGGAACAGAACAGGUUAGCGAUCUGCUCAAGGUAUCUCUCGAACAGUUCCGAGCGAAAUUGAACGACGAUACAGCUACCUGGCUAUACGGGAUUAUCCGCGGGGAGGAUCGAAGCGAAGUCAAUCCGCGAACACAGAUCAAAUCCAUGCUUUCGGCCAAGUCGUUUAGACCGAGUAUCAACAACCUUGACCAAGCAGAGAAGUGGCUGCGGAUUUUUGCAGCAGACAUAUAUGGCCGUCUCGUCGAAGAAGGCGUUCUCGAGAAUAAGCGCCGUCCGAAGACCGCUGCUUUGCACCAUCGACAAGGAGGCCAGGUCAGAUCCCGCCAGCUGCCAAUCCCCGGAUCUGCUACUAUUGAUGAGAAUCUGCUCUUUGACCUAGGCACGACAUUAUUGCGGCAAGUUUCCGCGGAUGGAAGCGCAUGGCCAUGCGCGAAUCUGUCCUUGAGUGUUGGCGGCUUCGAGGAUGGGGUCGUCAAGAACAAAGCCAUCGAUGGCUUCCUAUUGCGGGGAGAUCAGGCUAAAAGCGUUGAAUCUCACAGUCGAAUUCACGUCACAGAUGACUCGACCGUGCAGCAACCGGACGAGAAACGGAGAAAGAUUGACGACAACGGGUUGAGGCGAUUUUUCAGCCGACCACCUGAUCCGGAGACAAAUCUUCUUCCUGAAGUAGAUCUUCCAGCAGACGAAGCGGCGCAUAAUGUUGACCAAACCAUCUCGAAUGCCAACCCGGAAGAGCAGGAAGUUGCAAAUAUCUUCAGUUGCUCCCGGUGUGGAAGAGCAAUACCGGUCGAAGAAGAAGAAGAGCACAAUGAUUGGCAUUUUGCCAAAGAUCUCGAAGCUCAGGAACGACAAGCUGCCAGAGACAACCAGACAUCUCAGUUGCCGAGCAGAACGGCUCCGUCGAACUCUCGAGGGAAAUCUUCCCGUGGUGGUAGAGGUAAACCUGAAAAGGGCCAGACCCGCCUGACGUUCGGUUGA